AUGCUGAAGAUCGACGAACGUCGCGGCGACCAGCUCGAGUUCCGGCUGGAGCGGCUCUCCCUGCAAUCCGGGCCUGAGCCUCGGGGCAACACUGGAGGCUGCGAACUGUUGCGCUACCCUUCUCAUGGUUCCGUGAUCGAACGCGCGCCGCAGGCAAUCACGGAGCGGAUGGCGAUGCGCGGCGACCAUGCGGCGGACCGCAUCAUCGACCAGCAAGUGAUAAAGAGCAUAGUAGGCAGCCGAUACGGCGCGCCGCAGGCUCGCCUGCAACGCCGUCGCGGUUCCUUGGUGGCAAGAUGA